AUGAGCUGGGCUGCCUUCAGCGGGCCUGAGUACUUCAUCCCAGGAGGCAUGCAGAUGGAGGCGAGCUGCCCUCUGGGCAGAAAUUUCACAGAAUGGUACCAUUACUAUGGGAUAGCAGUGAAGGAAAGCUCCCAGUAUUAUGAUGUGAUGUAUUCAAAGAAAGGAGCUGCCUGGGUGAGCGAGACAGGCAAGAGAGAAGUGACCAAACAGACGGUGGCGUAUUCUCCCCGGUCCAAGCUUGGGACGUUGCUGCCAGACUUUCCAAAUGUCAAAGACCUGAAUCUGCCAGCCAGUCUUCCUGAGGAAAAGGUGUCUACCUUCAUUAUGAUGUACAGAACACACUGUCAGAGAAUACUGGACACUGUCAUAAGAGCCAACUUUGACGAGGUUCAGAGUUUCCUUCUGCACUUUUGGCAAGGAAUGCCACCCCACAUGCUGCCUGUGCUGGGCUCCUCCACGGUGGUGAACAUCGUGGGCGUGUGCGACUCCAUUCUCUACAAGGCCAUCUCUGGAGUUCUGAUGCCCACGGUGCUGCAGGCAUUGCCGGACAGCCUAACUCAGGUGAUCCGAAAGUUCGCCAAGCAGCUAGACGAGUGGCUGAAAGUGGCUCUCCAUGACCUCCCAGAAAACCUGAGAAACAUCAAAUUUGAAUUGUCGAGAAGGUUUUCCCAAAUUCUGCGAAGGCAAACGUCACUGAAUCACCUUUGCCAGGCAUCUCGGACGGUGAUCCACAGCGCGGACAUCACGCUCCAGAUGCUGGAGGACUGGAGGAACGUGGACCUGAGCAGCAUCACCAAGCAGACUCUCUACACCAUGGAGGACUCCCGGGAUGAGCACCGCAGGCUCAUCAUUCAGUUGUACCAGGAGUUUGACCACCUGCUGGAGGAGCAGUCGCCUAUCGAGUCUUACAUAGAAUGGCUGGACACCAUGGUCGACCGAUGCGUUGUGAAGGUAGCUGCCAAGAGACAAGGGUCCCUGAAGAAAGUAGCGCAGCAGUUCCUGCUGAUGUGGUCUUGCUUUGGUACCAGGGUGAUCCGGGACAUGACCCUGCACAGUGCUCCCAGCUUCGGGUCUUUCCACCUAAUUCACUUGAUGUUUGACGACUACGUGCUCUACUUGCUAGAAUCUCUGCACUGUCAGGAGAGGGCCAAUGAGCUCAUGCAAGCCAUGAAGGGAGAGGGGAGCACUGCAGAAGUCCAGGAAGAGAUUAUCUUGACUGAGGCUGCUCCGCCCACCCCUUCACCAGUGCCGUCAUUUUCUCCAGAAAAAUCUGCCACGUCUGUGGAGGUGCCGCCUCCAUCCUCCCCUGCCAGCAACCCAUCCCCUGAGUACACUGGCCUUAGCACAACAGGAGCAAUGCAGUCAUACACGUGGUCGCUAACAUAUACAGUGACGACAGCCGCUGGGUCCCCAGCUGAGAACUCCCAACAACUGCCCUGUAUGAGGAGCGCCCACAUGCCUCCCUCCUCCGUCACACACAGGAUACCAGUCUACUCCCACAGAGAGGAACACGGGUACACGGGAAGCUAUAACUAUGGGAGCUAUGGCAACCAGCAUCCUCACCCAAUGCAGAGCCAGUAUCCAGCCCUGCCUCACGACGCGGCCGUCUCUGGCCCACUCCACUACUCCCCUUACCACAGGAGCUCUGCACAGUGCCCUUUUAACAGCCCCGCUUCUAGGAUGGAGCCCUGCUUGAUGAGCGGCACUCCCAGGCUGCAUCCCACCCCUGUUACUCCUCGCUGGCCAGAGGUGCCAACAGCCAACGCAUGCUACACGAGCCCAUCUGUGCAUUCCACGAGGUACGGGAACUCGAGUGACAUGUACACGCCCCUGACCACGCGCAGGAAUUCUGAGUACGAGCACAUGCAACACUUUCCUGGCUUUGCUUACAUCAACGGAGAGGCCUCCACUGGAUGGGCUAAGUGACUGCUUUCAUAGGAAUUCAUAUUUAAUAUUAAUAAUUAAUAAUAAUAAUAAACCCAAUACCCACCCUCCGGAAGACUUUAUCUCUAUACAUCAUAACUCGCGGGCUGUUCCUAAGCGUCCAUUUUCCUAAUGAGCAAGAGGAUGUUCAACCUGGGAUGAAUAGACUUUAGUUCAGAAACAGGACUUAGUAAAAGUCCCUGGGCUUGGGUUCCUGUGUCCAAGCCAGACCUGACUGUUUCUAGAGAGCACUAUCGUGGGCAGGCCGACCCGUGCCUUUCCCCUCUGUUCCAUGACCUUGCAUGGCAGCCACUCCCUGUAGGGUACUUAUUUUCUCGUUGACAAAGCUCUUUAGUCUUGAAGGAUGGAUACUGGAGCCAGAAUCCGGUUUGUGUUCUUGGGUGGGUGUCGUUUACAGAGAGCGCUUGCCUUGCCCUGUCUGUCAUCUCACUGUGCAGCCCCCAGCCCUUGGGCGUUUCCACCUCCCGACUUAUCGUGGUGGUGGUGGCAUUGCUACUUCCUGGAGUCCUAGGGCUACGUGGAAGUUCCUGAAAAUGCUAAGCAGCCUGUUCCACUCACGCCUGCCAUGUCUCCUGCAUUGUCUUGGGGUGUAAGCACUGUUUGGAGGGACUGAGGAGGCCUGCUGUAUUCCGCCUUUGUUGACUGAUGUCCGUACGGACCAGUUCUUCUAUGUACAAGGAUGUGUCCUAAGUUUGCACAAUGGCUGGCAUCAGCGAAAGGCAGGAGAGGGUUUUCUUAAGUUCUGUGAGAACUGUGGAUUUAUGGCACUACGCGUCAUCCUCCACUCUGUUGCUUUGUGAAGCUGGAUGGAUCAGACUUUGACUUAGCAAGCGCCAAGUGAGACAGCUGUCCUGGUUCCUUCAUAAGACUAGAAUAUUUUCCGACACUUUGCUAGAAAAAAAAAAAAACAAUUCAAAGCUGUGCCUUUGAGUCUAUACUAUACUGUGUAUGUGUGGAAAUAAAAAUGUAUUGUACUUUGGGGAAAUUUCUUCGUAGGUAUUUUUUGUCAGAUUUGCAGAUAUUUGUGAGGUUUGUUAGAGAUUAACAUAGGUUUUCUUUCUGUAUUAUAAGAUGCACCAAGCAAUUAUGGUGGACCUAUUACCCUAUGGGUAAGAAAUAAAUCGAAAUAUGACAUCGGAUGUUUUAGAAAAUGUUCUGUAAAUAAAAUGUUUGAUCACACCACCCAGUGUGAUAAUCAUGUCUACAGCUAAAAUGGAAAUAGUUUUAUCUGUACAGUUGUGCAAGAUAUGAAUGGUUUCACACUCAAAUAAAAAGUAUUGAAAUGACCA